UGCUAAAGAUCCAAAAAGAUUAAAACAAAAACAAGAAUCAGUUUGUCGAAUACAAGAUGAUGGUUAUAUUUCUCAUGAUACUUAUGCUAAAGUAGUUCCAAUAUCUGUAAUUGAUAUACAGACACAAGCUCAUGUAGAUUCAAUUGAAGAACCUGAUAUUACUAAAACAGAUACUGUAAAAAAUGUUAUUCAAUUAAUUAGAAAAUGUGGAUAUAGAAGCAUUAUUAAUAUUCUCAAAUUUAUAAUGCCAAAAUUAAUUGAAAAACAAAUUCUUAACUUUCCAAAUAUUAGUAUUAGAAUUACAG